GUCUUCUGAAGAAACCUGCACAAUUCACAUAUUUCUUUGCAUGCCACGGAGGAAUUGGCAGGCAGCGACCUUGCCCCUCUGGAGAUGAAGUCUUUCAGAGUAGCCGGGUUCUCCGACGCCCUGGACUGGAGGCCCACGCUGUUCCAAGAGCCCAUCAUCGCGCAGAAAACAUGCGCCGUCUGCGGGGUUUUAUACAGGAAAUCGGUCAGGCUGCCCUGCAUCCACACACUUUGCACGAAGUGCCAUGCUCAGUGUGUCGACGAAGGGAGUGUGUGUCCCGUCGACAAGAAACCCUUCUGCGAAGAUGAUGUUGAGAAGCUGGAGGUCCCUCUCAAAUACGUCCUGAACCGUACUGUUGCCUGCUGGAAUGCACCUAAAGGCUGCAGCUUCAUUGGUCCUGUAGCCCACAUCCAGGACCACUACAAGGAGUGUGGCUUCAAUGACGUGCCCUGCUGCCUGUGCCACUCAACAGUGCUGCAGACUGACAUUUUGGAGCACUUCAGGAAUGGUUGCAGCAUUCCCCAAGCCACAUGUCUGCCAACCGACAAAUCUGACACCCAAGACUUAAGGGAUGUCAGCAAAGUUUGUCUCGAGAUGAACAGAGCCGUAGGGAAGAUCUCUGAGGACAUCAUGUUGCUGCAGUCAAGCCUGAACCGGUGCAGUGAAGAUGCCACAGCUGAGGGUACAAGAUGCAAGGGCCAACUAAAGGUUGAAGCUUCUAGGCUCACUGAGCAGCUAAAUAGCCUUAGUACAGUCUGUGCCACUGAAUGCACCGAGGGACUGCAGGGUCUUAGGGAAGCAGUGGCCGACUACAAAAAGUAUGUGCGUGACGAGCUCUGUGUGCAAAGGGACAAGCUGACUGACAUCUUGGAUCUGGUGCGCAAAAGUUUGCCAAGUCCUUCUAAGCAUGAGAGAAUCCAUUGGUACAUUGAACGCUGGACAGACCUGAAGAAUGAAGCACUUAGAAGUGGCUCGAAGAGCUUGGAUAGCCCCAAGAGGACCAUGUAUGGUUACAAUGUAUCCCAAUCUGUCCAGCUGACAUGUAUGGGCAGGGAGGUUGGCCUCGGGUGCUUCAUGCAUUUACUCCCCGGGGAACAUGACUCGCAGCUGGAGUGGCCCUUCAGCAAGGUGUUGACGGUCGGUGUCAUUCACCCGAAGGGCCAGUCAAAUGUGAUUUCCUACAAAGUAAAUUCUGGUUGGCAUAAAUAUCGGAGAAACUUAUUCCUGAGGCCAAAGGGAAGAAGGAGGGGAGGCUUUGGAGCAGGGUGCCUAUCCACGGCGGAAGAGCUAGAAUUUGACGGGUUUAUCGAGAACGAUACGCUCCAUGUGUUCUUGGAAAUUGAACCGUAGUGAGAAAUGCAGAAAAACGAGUGGGAAAGCAAUACUUCCCUUGCAUGUAAUGCUAUCUUAUGUGAUUGUCAAUAAACUGAGUUUAUCAUAGGAAAUACUCCUCCA